CAUUUCCGUCGCAGAACGGAAACUGACGAUCGAGUGGUGCAAAGAGCACUGGAGGUGACCGAGUUGGGGGAGAGAGGAAAUAUUUUGUUUUCUGACAGACAUUUGGCGUCUGUGGAAUUAUUGACGAGCUAAAAGCACCCAAAGAGUAAUAACCCCGUAGUCGUCAUGGGAGCUCACCUAUUCCGAAGUUAUGUUACGGAGCCGGACACCGAACCAGACCCUCUGAAGCCUUCUUCAUUCGACCCGCAGUUGGGCUUUGAUGGGAGGAAAGAGAGGGAGAUGGUGGCCACACAGCAGCAGAUGAAUGACGCCCUGGUCCCUGUGGUCCAACGGGACUACUGCGCCCACCACCUCAUGAAACUUAUGAAGUGCAAGAGGGACAACUGGCCCAACUUCCUGGCCUGCAAGCACGAGAGACACGAUUGGGACUACUGCCAGCAUGUAGACUAUGUGAUGCGGAUGAAAGAAUUUGAGCGGGAACGACGGCUGCUGGUCAGGAAGAAGAAGAUGGCGGAAGCACAGGCUGCAUGAUUCCCCUCCCCCAUCACCCCCCCCCCCCCCCCCAGACUACAGCCUUGCCUCUGUAUAUACCAGCUUAUCUUUCAAAUAAAGUCUGUAGUACUAUUUCACUGCU